AUGCUCCAGCAGAGGCUCAGGGCAUCUCAGUGUCCCAUCUAUGGGGAGACAGACAACCUCACCUGUGUGGGGGAAUUUCUCCUCCUUGGACUCUCACAGGAUCCUGAACUACAAUCCUUAUUUGGGCUAUUCUUGACAUUUAACCUGGUCACCAUGCUGAGCAACCUGCUCAUCAUACUGGCUGUCAGCUCUGACCCUCACCUCCACACCCCCAUGUACUUCUUCCUCUCCAAUCGCUCCUUGGCUGACAUUGGAUUUAGCAAGAGUAUAGUUCCCAAAAUGCUGGACCUCCAGACACACAGCAAAUCCAUCAGCUACACUGGCUGCCUAACACAGCUGUUCUUUGCUUACCUUUUUGGCUGUUUGCAAUGUCUGCUUCUUGGUGUGAUGGCCUUUGACCACCUGGUGGCCAUCUGUCACCCCCUACAGUACCAAAUCAUCAUGAACCCUCAUCUCUGUGGCAUGUUAGUUGUGGUGACAUUGUUCUUCAGCCUCCUGGAUGCCCAGGUGCACUGUUUGAUGGUGUCCCAUCUGACCUUCUGCAAGGAGGUGGAGAUCCCUCAUUUCUUUUGUGAGGCUUUUCAACUUUUCACGCUUGCCUGUUCUGACAUCUCCAUGGACUCCAUAUUGAUCUACAUGACAGGUGCUGUUUUGGGUGGCAUCCCAGUGUCAGGGAUCUUUUAUUCAUACACACAAAUCAUUUCCUCCAUUAUGAAAAUCCCCUCAAGAGCAGGGAAGUACAAAGCUUUCUCUACCUAUGGAUCUCACCUGUCAGUGUUUGGUUUGUUUUAUGGCACUGCCACUGGUGUCUACCUCAGUUCAGCCAUCUCACACUCCCCCAGAAUGGUGGUUGUGGUAGCAGUGAUGUACACCCUGGAUACCUCCAUGCUGAACCCCUUCAUCUAUAGUCUGAGGAACAGGGACAUCAAGAACGCCCUCUUGAGGAUUCUUGAGAAUGGCUUUUCAGAGCUGGGUAGAAAGUACCCUCCACCCAGCAAGGCACCGGGAUGGCUGUGA